GAUUAAUAUCGAUAAAGUUUAAUUUUCAAAAUUAAUUGCCGUCAUGUUCGAUUAUCGAAACAAUAACGAAAAAUACGUAACGUUUAUGCGUCUGCUAUUUAUUGUCGGUGGUGGUACAUCGGAAGUAUUCGGUGGUGCUCGGUACUAAUCGGAAAUUUUCGGAAUCGUACGAAAAAACCCGACUGGCGACGACGGACGAUGCAAAGUGACAGUGACGUUCACGACCACGACCGCUGCUUUCGUCGCUGUAGAUUUACAUCUAGUCAAAUAUCGUCCGUCGUACGACAUAAAACAUGGUAUACGAUAAUUUAUCGUUUAAUGGACAGUCUUUCUUAUACGGUAUUCAUCAUUUUUUCGGGGUUUAAGUCGGGCGUGCGAUUAACUCGUACCCGUUCCCUGUUCGCUUAGGGCUAAAGCGCACGGGCACGGUCUUCGUGACACGAUCGAAACAACGUCAGUCGUUUUUAUAGCAAGAUUUUAUAUCAUGACAACAGAAACGCGAAAUGUGUUCGAUAGAACAACUCGUGGGGAGAAAAAGUGCUUGGAAGCUUGGAAGACCGUUUAAAAAAACGUCAGAGAAUAUUACGGCCGUGGAGGUUCGUUGCUGCGUGAUAGAAUGUGUCGAUUUAAUUUUCCGUAACUUCUCGUUUCAGUUAUAAAGUUUCAAUCAUUUUUAUCUUACUUCGGUGGUGACAUUUCCAAAAUGUACGAUUGCGGUAAAUACGAUUGAACGAAAAGUGGGAAACGCGCGAGAAAGAGAAAGAAAGAAGAUAAGAGGAAGAAUAAGUACGUGAUCACGAAGAACGUGGGUGUAACCGCCGAUAGUACAAUUCCGAAAUGCGAUUCAACAAGCAAGAACUGUUGACCCUGGCUACACAACCUUCGCAGAAAUUCGAGAAAGAGGGUAUAUUGUACGUACGCGAACGACAAGAAGGCUUCUUUCGCAGAUCCGAGAGUACAGGUAAAAAAUCUGACAGCAAAUGUCAAAAGGGAAAAACGCAUAAGACACUCCGAGACUUCAGUUGCGUUACAGCCAGUACGAGUAAAGUAAGUUUGGAGAGAUGGUGCAGAUUACGGGGCAAUCUGUUGUUUUAUUUCAAAUCGCGGGAGCAGUGGUCGGAGCCGUUGGGAGUGAUAAUACUCGAACAAUGUUUCGUUCGAGUAGAACAACCGAGCAAUCAGGUCCCGUACGGAUUCAGCAUAGUAUUCGACGGAGGCUUGUUUCAAGCGUUGGGCGCCAACUCGGCGGAGGAGAGAGACAGUUGGUUGCAGGCUCUUCAGCUGGCCAGUUACGAAUGCAUGAGAAGUCAAUUGUUGGCGUUGCAGCAACGAAUAGAAGCGUUCAGCGGUCACAAACACGACACCGAUAUUCAAAUGCUGCGAUUGCAGCGUGGCAUUUCAACAGAUCCCGCCGAAAUACCGAUGUGCGAGAUAUCGUUGGCUUGCGACAAUCUACUGUGCGACGGUCAUGGCCGACCACCUAAUCCGGUUCUGGAGGUUGAUGUUCAAAUUAAAGGUUCCAAGACGUGGAUCAAGUAUGCGCGGACGGAGGUGGUGGAGCGAAGCAGCAAUCCCGGUUUCUUGACGACCGUCAGCUUCAGAGCGAGCGAUGGUCUGACCACCGACACGAAAACGCGGAUAACCGCUUUCGACGUCAGGGAGCGAGUGAGUCAAACCGCGACCCCGAUAGGAAGCGCUAUCGUGACUCUGAACGCGAUUCAAGACACGCCCAGGUUGAGGAUACCUUUAAAGUCGGCGAAAACGACGACUGUUGGAUUCUUGACUAUCAAUGCGUGGAAUUUGGAGGCUGAGGAUAGGGGAAAUAGUACGGAAAGUACGCCUUCGAAGGAGCCUCCGUCUGGAACGAAUCAACAGUUACUCUCGCACAGACGGUCCCAAUCGUUGCCGCCUAGAUUGGGGACGAAGAUCAAGUUGCCACAUCAAGGUCAACUGAAGCUUCUCUUCGCCAAUCCGUACAUACAGACAUACAGAUUUCAUUCCGGUUUAGGCGGUGACAUUUGCGUCCAUGAGAUCAUGGCAGAGAGCAAACUUUCCUUCCAAUUUCCGCAACAUUUACUCGCGAUAUGGAUCCAAGAGGAAAAGGAACUGCUACAGGAAGUGGCCGGUAUGGGCGAACUGCGAGAACCUUGGCACACCAAGCAAGUCGAACUACUCGAUCGUCAUCUUCAUCUUUUGCAUCUUUACUCGCAGGCCAAAGAGAAUUUGGCGGCCUUCAAAGGGAGUUACUUCAAACGAUCCUCUCGCAAAAACGACAGAACUCUCGAGUUUGCACCGUUGAACCUGCAUCUCCAAAGAAUUUGGGUCCACAAUGAUACUCUGAACAAAUGUGGAUUUUACGACUGUAUCACCGUCGGAGCGUUCACUGCGCACUCGCAUAAAAGUAAAAAUGGAGGUCUGAUAAGACUAUUACAGGCUCUCAAAGAAUCGCCAACGCGCGGCAACCAGCUGUAUCAAGGAACGUCGAAGAUAACGAUGGCCCACGAUGCCAUCCAAGCGAUCAAACAGCUCCGACGAGACGUGGUGGAAGCGAUGCGUGCUCUGAUGAAGCUCGCCAAGGCGAAACAGACCAGUGGAAUGUUACCGAUUUGCGAGGACAUGAUCGCUAAAACCAGAAUCUUGCUUAGCCUGUGGGACCCGGGUUUGGUCGAGGAAGCGUUAACGUUUUUGGAAGAGUACAAGGUCGCCAAGGUCCCCGAGGAAGACGGAAACGCGAUCGACGAUCCUCUCAAUUUGGACUUCAAAACGAAUCAAUCUCUGUCUCCUUUUAAACGAAUUACUCAGCAACUGAACUUUGACUUGAAGAGUCCCGAUCUGGACGAUUUCGUUACUCCCGAUACUCCCGAAUGCGUGCAAGAUUUGUGGACGAAGGGAUCCGAGAGGAACGGUUACUCGACCUUGCCCGCGAGGAGCAACGGUUCGAACACUGAGCGAGUCAGUUCGAACAACGUCGACGAUGCGGUGCAAGAGAACACCGACAUUGAAAGCGACGCGAAGCGUUCAAAGAACGCGACUGCCAACGAGAACAAUUGCGAGAAGGAGAACGGGAACGAGAACGGAGACGAGAAUGCGGAAGAAAUCAUGACGGAUAAUGAUGCCGUUCGACUCGACGACGACGACAUUGAAGAGAGAGAAGGAACGAAGGGCGAGGUCGAUCCUUGCAAACGAUUUCUGGACACUCAGAAGAUGUGCAACUCGCCUUCUGCUAAUUAUUAUAAACCCACCGACGAACCGGAACCGUGGGAUCUGACGCAGUUGAACAUCGAGGCUAGCGUGAUGUGUUUGGUGUCGAAGGUGAAGUUCCUUUGCGGCAGAUGCAGCAGUCCUGCGGUGCGUUUGAGAAACAAGAACAGCGUGGGAAGAUCGCACGGAAUGAAGAAGUGCAUUCCGGCCAAUCGGAACAAGAACAGCAAAGUGGUGACGAUUCAGCCGAAAAACGAUGCCAAGAACGACGAGUCGAGCAAGCUGCUGGAAAACGCUGACGACCGUUCGAAUUCGCGACGGUAUCCUAGUCCGGCCUCGGAGACGAUGCCGGCUUUCUCCAAAGCCAAAGAAGUGUGCCAAGCGGUCGAUUCAAUGACCAGAGUGAUCAAAAGCAACAGUUCAGGACAACGAAACAAGUUCACCGAGGGUUUAGACUUCGCGUCGAUCGUCGACUGGACGAGCGAACUCAGGCCAAGUAUGAAAAAGUUACGCCAAGCGAUGGACGGACUAUUAAAGACAGCCAGACUGACGCACUCUGUGUUCAGAGUGCAGGAGGACUCAAAGAUGGCUCAGAGAGCUUGCAACGUUCGAUACAGACGAGACGUGUGCUUCAGCCAGGCGCUGACCAGUUUGGUGUCCGGGAUAAUGGCGAAGCUGUGGUGUCAGAGACCGGACCCGAUGUUUCUUUUAAUUUUAACCACUCUUGGUCCUCUGGCUUCGUUUGAAGGUCUACUUAGUUAUUAUGGUGACGAGAUAGAUAUGUGGGGAGACAUGACAGUCGCUAUUGAGGACCUGCACACGGUAACGUUCGCGUUAACCAGGUGCGGCAUCGAGCAGAGGUUGGAAGGAAACUGCGGUGUCCCCUUUCAGCAACCCAUGCCGCGAGUGGUUGGUUCCCGAGUUGGUCUUACAGUGAUGCUUCCAGUGCCAGAUGCGAUAUAUUCCUUGCUACCGUUGGUUCCGUCUUCCAGACAAACAAUUUCCUUCAACGUAACUCCAGUCUUCUUCAACGUGGGCAUCAACGAAAUGGCUUCCCUGGCGGAGAGCCUCGGCACGACGAAACCUCAGGAGAAGAGCAACAUGGAUAACUAUGAACGUUUGAACGAGUACUAUUUACGAUUCAAGAAGCUCAAUCUACCUAGCGAAACAGCUUCGACUCGACUCGGCGCGAGAUCGCCGCUUGGUCAAACGUUGGCGGAGCUGUUGACCGAUCUAAAGGCGAGCGUUCAGGCCAAGGUAAACAAAAACGUGGAAAUUUUACAAUUGUCCUCUCAAAUUUGUCGAAGGAUGCGCGGCUUGAGGUUUACCAGCUGUAAAAGCGCAAAGGAUCGUACAGGAAUGUCGGUUACGCUCGAGCAGGUGAACAUCUUGAGCAGCGAGUACCAUUUGGCCGAACACGAAUACACUAGAGCGCUCGACUGUAUGCGAAGCGAGGGCUGUCGACGAGAGAAUACAUGGAAGAACAUCGGAAUCCGCAAGUACGCGUUCAACAGUUUACAAAUUCCGACAUUCCCGAAGCUGUAUCGUCCACCGGCGGGAACUUACGGCUCGGCACAAACGUAAAACGAUAUAGCCGUUUCGUCGCUUCGGUGUACCGGAAUUCUGUAACUCGGCUCAAGCUCGAAGGAAAAGGACCCUUGCUCUUCGUUUGCGACGGAAUCCCCGAGACAGAAGAGCAACAAAGGGUGGCAUUUAACCGAAACCACGAGUCACGACGCAGGACGAUGAAAGAACGCGUUUUUAUCUCGUUUCUGUACAUAGGAUUUUACUCGACAGAGAAAACUGUAGAUUAGACGAAACGUCGAUACAAGUUUUCACGAGCCAACGAUUGCCAUUAACCGUACACGGUCCUGUAUAACGAAUAAGGAUCAGAGGGUGCCGGAGGGUAAAACUCUCGAUUCGUCGCGUUAGAUGAAUUAGCAAAACGCGCGUUCCUUCCUUUUCGGUAGAAGCGUAGGAACUUAGAACCCUGUUUCAGGGUACAAGUUGUUUAAAUAAAUUAUUGACCUCGCA